AUGAAUGAUAUAAUAUAUAGUCCUGGUGGUACAAAGCCACCAAGAAAAGAAAAGAAAAAGAGAAUCCAACAUGUAGGUUCUUAUGAAGUUGGAAAAACAUUGGGAAAUGGUAGCUUUGGAAAAGUUAAACUUGGAACCAAUAUAUUUACAAAAGAAAAGAGAGAAACAUGUAUGAGAGAGAUUGAAAUAAUGAGAUUGUUGGAUCAUCCAAAUAUUGUUAAACUAUUGGACGUCAUCGAAAAGAAAGAGGACAAAAUGACAUUUCUCAUUGUUGAGUAUAUCUCUGGUGGAGAACUGUUUGAUUACAUAGUUGCACGUGAAUAUAUUAAAGAGAAAGAAGCAAGAAAGUUUCUUAGACAAAUCAUAUCAGCCAUUGAAUACUGUCACUCUAAUCUGAUUGUACAUAGAGAUUUAAAACCAGAGAAUUUAUUACUAGAUGCAAAUGGUAAUAUAAAAAUAAGUGACUUUGGAUUGAGCAAUUCUAUUUUACCUGGCAAGUUGAUGGAGAGUUUUUGUGGGUCACCUCUCUAUGCGGCACCAGAGAUUUUGAAAGCAGAAAAAUAUUUGGGACCACCUGUAGAUAUUUGGAGUUUGGGUGUAAUUUUAUAUGCAAUCCUUUGUGGUAGUUUACCUUGGGAAGGUGAAACUCAGGCUGAAAUAAGCUACAACAGUGUACAUGGUAGAUUUAUUGAUCCUCCGCAUUUGACAAAAGAGGCAUUACAUUUAAUUCGUAGAAUGAUUCAAGUGAAUCCCAGAGAUAGAGCAACAAUAGAGGAAUUGAAGAAUCAUCCAUGGACAAACAUGGAAUACGAUGAGCCACCACCUUCUUUCUUACCAAUGAGAGAACCUGUAUAUGAGAUGAGAGAGGAACUAAUGGCACAGAUGGUUUCUUUAGGAUUUCCAAACAGUCAGCACACUAGAGAUUUGAUUCUAAGCAAUACUCAAUGUCGUGCUACCAGUGUUUAUCAUUUACUUUUGGACAAAAUGGUUCACAAGGAACUUGAAGAUAUUAAAAAGAAUAUGUUAAAAUUACAAAAUAGAGAAGAUAAUUCAUUAAAGAAAUCACAGAAAGGAUCAAAUUCACUUGCAUCGAUUCCAGAGGAUGAAGCUUCACAGAUGCAUUUGAGGGAUGAAGAUGAAAGCGCGAGCUUUGCUAAUAAGGAGGGCAAGUUUGACCAGACCUCUCCAACAAAGAGAAGACAAUCAACUCCCAAAUUCUUCUCGCCAAUGAUGGACCAGAAUGAAAAUAAAAUCUCCAAAUACUCUCCGCUACCAUCAUCGCUAUCGGCACCAGCAACUUCACAGUCACCUCGUAACCAUAAGGUGAAUAACCAUCAACAAGCCAUGAGUGAGGCAGAUGCCACCACUGCUUCAAUAAUCGAACAACAACAGCAACUUCACCUCCACCACCAACAACAACAGUACAUGCAGCAGCAACAACAACAACAACAAGGUGGUCCAACCUCUCCAAGGUACGUUGUUAACCAACAACACAGCAAAUCGCCAACCAGACAACAACAGCAAAAUGCUUCAAGACUACCACACCUCCAACUCCCACACGGACCUGCUCCAACCUCGGUUCAACAUCUACCACCCGGCUAUGAAAGCAGAAGAAGAUUCUCCAUUCAAGGGCCAACCUUAAGGGAGGAAGUAGAAGCCGAGAUCAAUCACAACUAUCACAACCCAAGAACUGCUAUCCUAAUGCAACAACAACAGCAACAGCAACAGCAACAACAACAACAGCCACAAAGUCAUGAACCAACCGUGCAAGCUCCAAGAACUAACAGAAGAAUGAGUCUUGAUUCGCGUAUGAUGGUAGACGGUGAGGAUGGACCUCUCGAGAAGAAUGAAUCGCUCUCUAGUCCACGUUCGACCAAGGGUAUCUUCAAGUCUUCGACAACCACCACCAAAUCACCAGAGAAGACAGUGGAUGAGGUCAAGAGAUGUCUAGAGGAGACUAACCUCUUCACAAAGAAGAAGGGUCCCUACGUCUUCUUGUGCUUUGACGAUGAAGCUGGUGUCAAGUUCCAAAUUGAAAUUGUAAAGAUUAUGCAUUUGAAUUUGACUGGUGUACAAUUAAAGAGAAUUUCUGGUGAUACUUGGAAAUAUAAAGAUAUAUGUACAGAUUUGGUUGAAUCAAUUCAUAUCUAA